AUGGAUGAAUCGUUUCAUUUUGCAUUGCUACGGAUUUCCAUUGCCCAGAUCCUCAAAUCCCACGGUUUUGACAAGUGUAAACCCUCAACACUUAAUAUAGUCACAGAUUUGGCUAUUCAGUAUCUCAAGAAACUCGUGUUGGAAACGAUUCUGUGUUCACAGACUCGAACAAGAUCCAAUAAUAUUGAGAUUCAAGACAUUACCCAGGCAUUAAUUAUGAUAGAGGCAAUAAAACCAGACGACUAUCUCAAGCUAGAUGACAGUAAAGAUUCUAAAUACAACACUAAAUCGUUGGACUCGUUUGUCAACUGGGUUCGUUUCAGUGAUUCCGACCGGGUAGCGAGAGAAUUGAAUGAAUUUCCUACAGCCUUAGUGCGCAAUUUAAUAGACAAGCGAAAGCUAGACUUGGACGACGGGGAGACCGACCAAGAGAAAAAGAAGCGCAAACACAAGGAAAGACAGGAAUACUACAAUCAAUUGAAAUUGAACGAGAUUUCUAAUUUGCAUGGUGAAGAUUAUGGCGAAGAAGAGGAAGAGGAUGAGUAUAGCAUAUCUACCAAGGACAAGUUUCUGUGGCUAAAUUAUUUGAUAGAGAAAGAUCUCAAGCUUGGCCAUGACUUAAAGUUUUUGAACUCAAGCUUAUCUGCGGAGUUCUUAAAGUUCCAGAAUGAUACCAAAUUGCAUCCUGUAGUCAACGGCAUGGGGAAACGAUCCCAACAACUUAAACACCAAUUGCAUAAUUUCAACAAAUACGACUAUCUCGUAAUAAGCAUAGACAACGAAAAGGACGAAAACGAAGACGAAAAUGGCGCAGACCUAGAUGUCAAGCCUUCUGAUAGCUUAAUCCGGUUGUUACCCUACAACUUACAGUACGACAAGUAUCUAGUUGACGAAGACCUAGACCAAUACGUGGAGUAUAUGGAAAGGCACGAGAUGGGUGCAGAGGAGGACACAGGACAUGACGAGGAUAAUGGCCAUGGGGUAAAUGAUCAUGUCAUAGACCAGGAGGGAGACGACGACAACCUCAUCAUACGAGAUGAAGGAAUAGGAGGAGAAAAUAGUCUCAUGCUAACAUAG